UUCUGUAUUUAUAGAGAUUGCGCCUUUAUUCUGACAAUAACCAACCGGAAGUUCUUUGUAGGUUAGCACUGCUCACUUGACCGAAGGCAGGAAACAUGGACAAUUACCAGAUGGAAGAGGACCCGAUGCUUACAACGUUCGUUGUUGACGAAGUGAGGAAAAUUAUUAAUGAGUCAGUGGAGUCCAUCCUUGGAGGAAACGUGUACCAGCACAUCAGAGUGAAGCAGUGGAACUCCAGUGUCACUGAACAGUGCCUCAGUCAUCUUAGCAAGCUGGGAAAGCCGUUCAAAUACAUUGUGAAUUGCAUUAUCAUGCAGAAAACUGGAGCAGGUCUACAAACAGCCUGUGCAUGCUUCUGGGACAACUCUACUGAUGGAAACUGUUCGGUGAAAUGGGAGAACGAGUCCAUGUACUGCAUCGUCACUGUUUUUGGAAUGGCCAUCUGAACCUACAACAGCCAACAUUUGUACAAAUCUCUCUCUUUUUUUGCUUUAGGAAGCAGCACGUGGGGUUUGACCAUGCUGGCUAUGUUGUUUUUAUUACAAUGUGUUCGUUUUUCAUGUUAAGUGCAAUUAAUUAAAACACUACUAUGCUGUA